AUGCGUUUUGCCCUCACCCUUCUCCUGGCCUGCGAGACAUUGGCAGCGCGUCCAUUUCUCACCGAGCCUAAUACUGGUAUUGAAGUCGCAUUAGACAUUCCACACAAUGGCUCGCUCCCCGGCAUUGAUCGAAUGCUUGGCCUACCUGAUUUCGACUACCUCGCGAGAUCGAUGAUGAAACCUGCAGAAUACGCAUACAUCACCCACGGCGCUGGUAGCGAAGCGUCAUUUCGAAACAAUCUGGAAGCUUUUAAUAAUUUUCGAUUCAGACCUCGUGUCAUGGUCAAUAUUACCAAAAUUGAUGCGAGCUUAAAGACAUCCAUCUUGGGCCACGAGUUUGACGAGCCUUUCUUCAUCAGCCCUUUUGCCCAGGCAGGCAUUGCAAACAAGGUCGCAGAGGGAGGCCUUGUAAAAGGGGCAAGUAAACACAACCUGCUCUACAUUUCAUCUCAAACGACUACACUUCCACUAGAGGAAAUAGCAGCUCUUAGGGAGGAAGGACAAGUCAUUUGGCAGCAGGUCUCGCUAUCGACUCUCGACGAUGAACCACCCGUCGAGCUUUUCGCAAAAAUCAAGAGCGCCGGAAUGAAAGCUAUUGUCCUCACCGUUGAUUCAGUGGGAGAUCGUACUGCGUACAGGCCUCUUAGAUACUUACCCGACACGAGCAUCAGCCGCGAUCCGCGUUAUACUUUCAUGACCUGGGACUUCUACAAAGAACUCCAGUCACUAACAACGCUUCCAAUCAUCCCAAAAGGCAUACAGACCGUUGAAGACGCUCGCAGGGCUAUCGAGAUUGGUGCCCCUGCAAUAUUCCUGUCGAACCAUGGAGGACGAUCCCUUGAUGGAUCGCCCUCGGCCCUAGAAGUCGCAUGGGAAAUUCACGAGAACGAUCCUGACAUCUUCAGUGAGAUUGAAGUCUAUGCCGAUGGUGGUGUUCGGUAUGGGACGGAUGUCUUGAAAUUGCUUGCCCUCGGGGUCAGAGCAGUUGGCGUGGGACGUCCUUUCAUGUACGCGAACAUGUAUGGCUCUGAGGGAGUGUCUCGCGCAAUCACUCUUUUAGAGAAGGAAGUGACGAGUGCCGGGGCAAAUCUUGGGCUCGCGAGCCUGAAAGAUAUUGAUGCGUCCUAUGUAAGUGCUUUCUGGGAUCUG